CACGCGUUUCCGUCCCGUUCUGCCAUCACUCUGACGAACGAUUUGCCAAUAAUAUCGGGAAAGUGAACUUGAACGGGGAUGGCGAUGUCGCUAGCAACCGUUCGCUCGAGCUCGGGGUCUCCUCCAUACACUUUCUCGCCUAUGUAAGCGGCUCACUGCAAGCUCCUCUUGCCACUUGAGAACCAUAUCUUCGUAUAUCGCAAUACACUGGCCUCCUACAGAAGCACACAACCUACUACCGCUACCACUCCUCGCAUUUAUACCCCAUCAACUUUUCCGAAAUGGCUUUUAACGCCGACCUCUACACCGACAAGACGUCCGCUGUCAUAAAGAAGGCGGAAGACCUUGCCCGAGAGUUUGCCCACGUUCAGCUCGCCCCGGUGCAUAUCGCGUCCGCACUAUUCGACGACGAAGAUGGUCUUAUCCGAUCCAUUGUGACCAAAGCAGGCGGGGAUCCCGCCACGGCGGAACGACGCUUCAAGUCCCUACUUGUGAAGCAGCCCACUCAAGACCCAGCACCAGACCAGUUAACCCUGCACCCCGCGACCGCAAAAGUACUUCGUACUGCCGACGACAUACGAAAAAAACAAAAGGACUCGCAUAUCAGCAUCGACCACGUAAUACUUGCCAUGGCCGAGCAGAAAGACAUUCAAACCGCUUUCGGGGAAGCGGGUGUCACACCAAAAGCCCUGGAAGAUGCCAUCAGCAAGAUCCGUGGCACACGACGCGUAGAUUCGAAGUCAGCCGACUCUACUUACGAAGCCCUUUCGAAAUACGCUAUCGACCUCGUGUCGAUGGCAGAGCAAGGAAAGCUCGACCCUUGCAUCGGUCGAGACGACGAGAUCCGACGCGUUAUCCGGGUGUUGGCACGAAGAACGAAAAACAACCCGGUGCUAGUCGGAGAACCAGGUGUCGGCAAGACGGCUAUCGUUGAAGGCUUGGCGCAGCGGAUCUUGCGGAAGGAUGUGCCAAAAUCCUUACAAUGCCGCAUCUUCAGCCUCGACAUGGGCGCUUUAAUCGCCGGCGCCAAGUAUCGCGGAGAGUUCGAAGAGCGGUUGAAGGCGGUCCUGAAAGAAGUGAACGACGCCGAAGGCAACAUUAUCAUGUUCAUCGACGAAUUGCACACGGUCUUGGGAGCAGGGAAGACGGAAGGAUCGAUGGAUGCGGCCAACCUGCUGAAACCAAUGCUUGCUCGAGGCGAGCUGCGGCUCAUCGGAGCGACCACUCUCGCCGAAUACCAGAAGCACGUCGAAAAGGACGCAGCCUUCGAGCGUCGUUUCCAGAUGGUUCAAGUAGGAGAGCCAUCUGUCGAAGCGACAAUCUCCAUCCUUCGUGGUAUCCGCGAAAAGUGGGAGACUUUCCACGGCGUCCGCAUUCACGACGCCGCACUCGUCACAGCGGCCGUACUCGCUGACCGCUACAUCACGAAUCGCUUCCUUCCGGACAAGGCCAUCGAUCUGGUUGACGAGGCGUGCGCAAACAUCCGGGUGCAACUCGACUCACAGCCCGAAAUCAUCGAUACCCUUGAGCGAAAGCACCUGCAAUUGGAAGUUGAGGCCACCGCUCUAGAAAAGGAGAAAGAUUCCGCAUCCCAACAACGACUUCUUAAGGUUCGCGAAGAAUUGGCCCGACUCGAUGAGCAGAUGAGGCCGCUGAAGGCCCGCUACGAACAAGAGAAAGGGCGCCUCGACGAGAUUCGAUCCCUCAAAGCGAAACUCGAUGAACUGAAGCACAAGAUUCAAGACGCCGAGCGAAGGCAUCAAGUCGAACGCGCUGCCGACCUGAAGUACUACGCCGUUCCGGAAGUGGAAAAGAAGAUCAACCAGCUCGAGGUUGAGCUCAAGGAGGAACGCCAGAGGCAAGCAGACGCCGCCGCCUCGGGCCAGAACUCUUCUCAGCUCGUCUCCGAAGUAGUCACUCCCGAUCAGAUCAUGGAGGUCGUCUCUCGAUGGACGGGAAUCCCGGUGACGAAGCUCAACAAGUCUCAGGUCGACCGCCUGCUGGGUCUUGCUGACGUCCUGCACAAGCGCGUCGUCGGGCAGGAUGCGGCGGUUAAGGCGGUCGCAGAAGCAGUCCUCCGGUCGCGUGCCGGUCUCAGCGGGGGUGGCACCAUCGGCUCAUUCUUGUUUCUCGGGCCAACUGGUGUAGGGAAAACGGAGCUGGCAAAGGCUCUCGCAGGCGAGCUCUUCGACGAUGACAAGAAGGGCUUAAUUCGCCUCGAUAUGUCUGAGUACAUGGAGCAGCACACCGUGGCACGACUGAUUGGUGCUCCGCCCGGGUACGUUGGCUACGACGAAGGUGGACAGCUGACCGAAGCUGUCCGAAGACACCCGUACGCCGUCAUUCUUUUCGACGAAAUCGAAAAAGCGCACCCACAAGUACUCAACGUCCUGCUUCAGCUUUUGGACGAAGGCCGGUUGACGGAUGGCAAGGGCCGCACGGUCGACUUCUCCAACACCGUAGUAAUCAUGACAUCCAACGUCGGAUCCCACCUCCUUCAAGCCGCCGUGACCGUCACUCCCGCCGUAGAAGAUGCCGUCAUGAACGAAGUCCGCCGUACAUUCAAGCCCGAACUCCUCAACCGCAUCACGGACAUUGUCGUCUUCCACUCCCUCGGUCACGAACACCUGCGGAAAAUCGUCCACAUCCAGGUUGCUGAAGUCGCGAAACGAUUGGCGGGGAGGAACAUUAAGCUGCGCAUAUCCGACGCCGCCGCCGAUGUGGUGCUGGAGAAGUCGUUCGACCCUCUAUACGGCGCGCGUCCUAUCCGUCGCUUCCUCGAGAGGGUGUUGCUCACGAAACUGUCAAAGGACCUUCUCAGCGGGCAUCUCACAGACAACUGCCUCGCGUCUGUUGAAGCAGCGACAGAGAACACCGACGGCGCCGCCGACGCGGACGAUGGUCUCGUCGUCAGAGUCGAGCCGCUCCCCGGUUACGAGAGGAGCGACUCGAACGAUCGAGACAUGGAGAUGGAUUGACCACACUCGGGCCCCCGAGAUCCUCAGGCUUCCGGUAAGAAAAGGAAGCUCUCCGUCGCUCCAGAAAAGAAAUCGUGUCGUAGUCGCCUGUAAAUAUGGGUCUUGUAGUGAGAGAGAUGUGUAUUAGCGUAGCGUUCCUCCCAGUUUUGCUUAUCGGAAU